GUCAUCGAUUCAAACUGGUAUCGAAAGCAGAGUGGAGCUUGUGGAGAGUCAGAGCGCAGACUGCACGGAGACAGGAGGUAGAGACUGUACAGCACGGCCUUUUUAUAUUCCGUAUGAGCACAACGUCUUUAUUUGUGAAGAUGUGGACGGCUAUAGGGAAACUGCUGCUCUUACAUAUGAUACUCGUGGGCUUUCUGCUGGUGAAUGGAACUAAACCGGACUGUGAAAGCGGUCAGUUUCAGUGCAGGAACGGCAGAUGUAUCCCGACUCCAUGGAGAUGUGAUGAUGAUGAUGACUGCUCGGAUAACAGCGACGAGGAGAACUGCCCAAAAAAGACAUGUGCUACAACAGACUUUGCAUGUAAGAAUGGGCAGUGUGUCCCGGCUCGAUGGAGGUGUGACGGAGAACCGGAGUGUCCAGACGGUUCGGAUGAAGCAGACUCCACCUGCAGUGAGUACAGUCGGCAGACGUGUCCACCAGAGAAGUUUGACUGUGGUGGCUCGACAAGCAAGUGUGUGUCGUUGUCAUGGCGCUGCGAUGGUGAAAGGGACUGUGAAAAUGGAGCAGAUGAGGAGCAGUGUGCUGCAGACGCCAAGGCUUGCCCUUCUAAAGAGUUCCAGUGCCGUAACCGUCUGUGUGUGGCUCCCACGUUCGUCUGUGAUGGAGAUGAUGACUGCGGCGAUGGCAGCGAUGAGGAGAAGUGCACUGCGGCCACCGCCAGUACCUGUGGGCCGCACGAGUUUCGCUGUAACGACUCUGAGUGUAUCCCAGCGCCGUGGAGCUGCGACGGAGACCCCGACUGCAGAGACAAGUCGGACGAGUCUCUGGAGCGGUGCAGUCGUAGGACAGAGCCUCAAAAACCCCAUUGCCCUGCGGGGGAGUUUCGGUGCAGGAGCGGAGAGUGCAUUCACCUUAACUGGAAAUGCGACGGGGAUGUAGACUGCAAGGACAAGUCUGAUGAGGCCAACUGUCCUGUGCUGACCUGCCGUCCUGAUGAGUUCCAGUGUGGCGAUGGCUCCUGCAUUCACGGCACGAAACAGUGUAACAAAGUGCACGACUGUCCAGAUUUCAGCGAUGAGGCUGGCUGCAUCAACAAAACCACCAAAUGUGAAGGUCCGCUGAAGUUUAUGUGUAAAAGCGGGGAGUGUAUUGAUAGCAGCAAAGUGUGCGACAGUAUCAAGGACUGCAAGGACUGGUCUGAUGAGCCUGUGAAGGAGUGUGGUCUGAAUGAAUGUGCCAUUAACAACGGCGGCUGCUCUCACAUAUGUAAGGACCGUCAGAUCGGCUAUGAGUGUGAAUGCCCCUCAGGCUACAAACUCCUGGACAAGAAGACUUGUGGAGACAUAGAUGAAUGCGAGAACCCUGAUGCCUGCAGUCAAAUAUGUAUCAACCUCAAAGGCGACUACAAAUGUGAAUGCUACGAGGGUUACGAGAUGGACCCGGUUACAAAGACGUGUAAAGCAGUGGGUAAAAGCCCAUGUCUUAUGUUUACUAACCGGCAUGAGAUCCGCCGCAUAGACCUGGUGAAGAAGGACUAUACACAGGUAGUGCCGACCUUGAAGAACGCUGUGGCCCUAGAUGUGGACGUUACCACCAACAAGAUGUACUGGUGUGACCUCUACCAUCGCAAAAUCUUCAGCGCAUAUAUCAACAAAGCCAGCGAUACUUCUCAACAGAUCACGCUCAUAGACACUGCGCUACAUUCCCCAGAGGGCUUAGCAAUGGACUGGGUCCAUAAGAACAUCUACUGGACCGACUCUGGACACAAAACUAUCUCUGUCGCAACUGCCGAUGGCAAGAAGAGGAAGGUGUUGAUCGACACAGAGCUUGGCGAACCACGUGCCAUCGCCGUUGAUCCAAGACAAGGGUUCAUGUACUGGUCGGAUUGGGGAACGCAGGCCAAGAUCGAGAAAGCCGGAAUGAACGGGGUGGAUCGACAGGUUCUGGUUUCAGAGAGGAUUGAAUGGCCCAAUGGGAUUGCGCUCGAUCUGUCUAGUAGACGACUCUACUGGGUCGAUUCCAAGCUUCAUCUGAUUUCCAGCGUGGACCUGAAUGGAGACAACCGUAGAGUUUUGCUCUCCUCCAUGGAUCAUCUGGGACAUCCCUUCGCCCUGACUCUUUUUGAGGACCGGGUUUACUGGACAGACUUAGAGGAUGAGGCCAUCUACAGUGUGAAUCGACUGACUGGGCAUGAUGUGGCAAUGCUGGCUCAGCAUCUCAACAACCCGCUGGAUGUGGUGGUGUUCCACGAGCUCCGGCAGCCUAAAGCUCCAGACACAUGCAACAUGGGGAGUUUGCCCAAUGGAGGCUGUGAGUACCUGUGCCUCAGAGCUCCUCAGAUCACUGACCACUCGCCCAAGUACACAUGUGCCUGCCCCGACAGCAUGGAACUGGGCCCGGACAUGCGCCGCUGUGUGACAGUCAAACCCAAAACAACAACAACAACUGCUGCAAGCACAACCAUUAUUUCAAUAACACCAGAACCUUCUAUUACUGUGACUUCUACAAUCACCGCUCCAACUACAAGCACCAGUACACCUACAACCACCAGUACAUUCACUACAACUACACCUAAAACAGUAGUAUCAAGUACAACCACCACCAGCCCCAGAACAUCCACUCAUUCCAGAACAUAUCAUUCCACCACCACACACUCCACGGCCACUUCAACAAUGGUGACCACUCAGUCCAGCACUACAGCACCAUGGAAACAGCCAACCUCCACUCAGAUGACAGCAGAUCACAAACAGACAUCUACAACCAUUGCCCACGGCAACAGCAUACAAGGGGCCAAUGCCAAUCUCUCUCAUCGCGCUGGCAGUGGAAAUGACCACUUCCUCCUUGGUAGCAAUAUAACUGUUGCGGUUCUGGGUAUUGUCAUUCCAAUAGUUCCUAUCCUUGCCACAGUGGUCAUCGGCCUGAUGUGUACCGGAGGCUACCUGGUGUGGCGCAACUGGAGGAGACGGAAUACCAAGAGCAUGAACUUCGACAACCCCGUUUACCGCAAGACCACGGAGGACGACGACGACGAAAUCCACAUCGGCCGCAGCGAGCAGAUCGGCCACGUCUACCCAGCAGUGAGUGGCAGUGCCAGACAGCCAUACCUAGCACUGCCACUGGGGGGCGGUAUCCCAGACCCGGCAGCUCAUUGGUACUCAGGGGCACCUAUGCUGUCCAGUGCAAAGUGAACAAAGGGAGGAAGGCAAUAGCGAUAAAAAACGAGGGUGGGGCUAAGACAAAAAUCCCUAAGAGAGGGCAUUAUGCUGCCUCUUUCCUCACUCAUAUUUAUACUCAUAAUUCACCACACAUUUUCAUUCAAAUGUAUGGUUAAUUAAUUAGUGUACGGAUUACCGUGUGAAGUUUAAUUAGUUGUCUGUUUGUUUCCCAUAGGCUGCGUUCUAAAUCACAUACUCUCUAAGUAGGUACUUUUUUUGGAACAAGUAGUUAAAAAGUACCUUUUCAUAUAGCAUGAAUGAAUUUAGUAUGAAUUUUAUCUGGACAUACUACAUUCGCCAUGUCACAAAUCGUCUCUCAUGGCCUCAAGGGAUAAUAAAGUGUCCAUUUGAUGCACACUUCAGAAUCUCGCUGGAAGUAAUAGGUCAUCUGUGAACUUUUCACUACUCUUUUAUGAAUACUGUAUUUUGGGCAUUCUACUGUUUUUCGCCUACUGUAUAGUAGGGAAGUAUGCGAUUUUGGAUGCAGCCAUAGUCUUCGUUUUUUCGUGUUGUGUGUGUGUGUAAAGCUUUAAAUGCUUUCCAUGUUUGAAAGCUUUGAAAUUGUGCUCUCCCAUUAUCCCAUAGUUGUUGUUUUUUUUAAUUAUUAUUAUUAAUUGAAUAUAAUUGCUUUAGGGAUGAGCAGUUAGCACCUUAAAUGACUGGACAAUCUUUUAAUAAUUUAUUUUAUUUAUUUAUUUAGGUGUUUUGCUGUAUAUUUAUUUGGGUGAUGAAAUGAUUUAUUCAUAUAUUCACGUAAUUGUCGGCCUGGGCUGAAGUAGUAAACAGUUAGUCAGAUGGAGGGAUUUUAACAGUGUGUUUUAAGCUUCCUGUGCUACAGUCGGCAUGUCAAGCACAAGCAGAGAUAAAGACAUCAGUCGCGCAGCAGCAACGGGGCGGGCCGCCCCAGUGGCAUAACAGGAUUCUCUCCAGCGCCCCACACGUCGCACUCUACACAGUGUGUGUGUGGGGAUCUGCAUAUCGGAUGUUUCUCCUACUCCAUGGGCCUUCUCGUUCUUUUCUAUGUAUUUAUUUCUCUCCCUCUUUCUCUCAACACGUGUAACUGUUUUUUAUCUGCUCUCCGCAGCGCGUGGCGCUCAGUCCUGACGAUGACGGAUUCCCCUGAGGGCGAUUCUCGCUCUUGCCCUCUCCUUCUCCAUACCCGAAUCCAUGCGUCCUUUAGUCCUCCAUCUCUCCUUCCAUCGAGGAGAUCGCACGAGACAACGCAGCGAGGCACAAAGAGCCAAAAGGACACGAGCACUUGCUCUCCACAGCUGAGAGCUACAAACUGGGUUUGUCUUCUCGUAGUGUCUUUUUCAGCCCAUAAACCCUCAGUCGGGCAAUAAUCACUAGUUCUACAAUUAAACUAAUAGCAUCAUUCCUGCUCUUUGUCAGUAGUAGUAGUAAUAGUAGUAGUGCUGUUUAAUGAUGACUAACCUCAUAGCUCAUCAAGUCAGUAGUCGCUAACACUCAGUGGCUCUCCCGCUGCGCUCGUGCUGUAGAUUUUUUUUCAAUUAGAAAGUUGUUAAGCUGGUUUGAGUUGAACUGGCUUGCCCAUCACAGGGCAAAACCCCCUAGAGAGAACUGUGUGCAGUCCACCUCAUCAGCAUGGGAGAUGCAUAGAAGUAAAAUAUGAAAAAGGAUGGAGAUGGGAUGAGGAAAAUUCAUAUUUGCAGACAUAAAACACAAAUUCCACUAUGCAGUCGUUAUGCAUUCACAUAAUCUCACAAACAAAUAACAUACCAUAAGUAAACAAGUCUGUAAUUUCCUGUCCUCCUAAUACUUCCAAUGCCAUGACUACUGUUACUUCAUGUCUUCCAUGGUCACUCAAAUUCAGAUUGGACCCUUCUAAAAGAUCUGCGGCCACUAUCUGGAGUUGCAGGGUUUCACCUCCCAAGUUUGAGAGGCGAUAUAUAUUUCCGUAUUUAUUUAUUUCACCAGCACUGGGUCUUCCAUCUUUCUCAAGUUUCUAAGACCAACUAAAAUCUUCCUGCCCAGGCACAUUUAUAUCCCCAAAACCUCAGCUCAGGACAUCAGUUUUUCUAAAAUUGUAUCAUUUAUCGCUACAAUCUGUGUGUCUUAUCACAAACACACUAAUAGAUACGGUAGCCAGGGUUUGAUAAUGGCUAAAUUGCUGUUUGUUCAUAUCUUCAGUCUAGAUCGCUCCCUCUCAGACAUGCAAAAACACGUACACACACUCCCUCUUUUCCGCCCCUACAUUCGUCAUGCCUCGGGUAAAACUCUUUAACAUUUAGCAUGCUGACAACAAGACACCGCCUGCCAUAUUGGGUGGCUUAAUGGUGUGAUAGAUUAGAGUCGUAGAUCAAAGCUUUGCUCCUCUGAACAGUCGUCUGUUCGGCGCAUGGCACAGGAAAUGAGGAGAGUCUGAAUAUAGGCUUCCUGUACAAACUCUCUCCAUGUGAUGAAUGAGUGCUUGGUUAUUUCUGUAUCACUGUCAGAAGGACACUGACUGAUUGGACAGAUGUUUAAAAAAACAGGUUUGGACCCACCUGGAUAUGCCUGUUGAAAAAAAACAUCAAACCAGCCACAGUUUUUUUUGUUUUUUUGCUGGUCCUAGUUAGGCUAGUCAACUUUAAUGGUUUAAAGGGGAUUGAAUGAUUACGAGCAGUGGGUAUUAAUCUUUUUCACUCCUUCGUUCGAAGGGCCUCUAAUCUAAACUUAUGUCAGGUUAAUUUGGCACGUUUAUUUUUAGCUUUUUUAGCAUUUUAAUUAAGAGUCAUUACUCAAAUUGGGGCCCCACUGGAAGUUUGCCCUCUUGUGGGCCCCGUCCCCUGUUUGAGAUCCACCGAGCGUCAUCAACUUAAACCAGCUAAAGGUUUAAGAUUUUUCAGCAGGGAUUAAAGCUUGGCAUAUAGCAGUAUGUGUAUGUGCGAUGUUAGAUCAGAUCAUUUUAAAGAACUAGUCGUGCGAGUUGCCCUUUAUUGGAGACAUUGCUGGGUCCCAGAGACGUGCAUGUUUGGUUCUGGCCCGCAUGUGGGUGGUCUCGCAUCUGGAGUGGUUCUUUGUUCUUGCCACCUUUGCUCCUCUCUGCUGUGAUGAGGCAUCUUAUGUACAGCGCUUGUAAAACAUCCCUCCACAUUUCAAAGAAUCCUCCAUUAAGUCUCUGUUUGUUUUCCAUUAGGAAUAGAGACAGUGUGGGAGGUUCGUUGCUCAGGCUUUUGUCUGUGAGGAUUAAAGAACUGCAGUUUCUUGUUCGUUCUCUGAAUACGGUGGACUAUCAGAUGGACUUGAGAUGUCUGACAUGAUUUGGAGAUAACAGGCCUGAUAUCAAUAUUAUAGUUAAUCUUCAUUCAUCGUUAAUCAUUUCUCAUAUCAAACUGUUUAUACAGUGGAAAGUAUAACUAAUAAUAAAUAGAUUUUAUAGAUUUUCUUUUAUUAUUUGAAGCGACAACAUUUUUGAUUACGUCCACAAAUGUCACUUCUGAAAAUGCGGAACUGUUGUAUUUGAUUUGAAAAUCUCAGACUAGCAAUACAGGGUAAACAAACUGCUUCAUGUGCUUUUUCAAACUGUCAUGUCAUAAAUUAUUGUUUGAUCAUUAUCAGCUUGGUCUCUUCAGAAAAAAAAAGGCUUAAACCAGCCUAAUCUAGUUUGCUGGUCUUCUUAGGUCUGGUUUUCUGGUUUUAGAAGCAUUUUUAGCGGCACUUACCACCUGGUUUAGACUGAAAGACUAAACACCAGGCUAGGGGACCAACUAAGAUGAGAAAAACCAGCUGAACCAACUGGACAUCAGGAUGGAAGACCAACAUAGACCAGGAAAAACAGCCUAAACUGGUUUUAGAUGGGUUUUGAGCACAUGUCAGUUGGUCAGGUUGGGAGUCCAGCUUGUUGGCCAACUAAACCAAUUGGACACCAGCUUGGCCAGGCCAGGAGACCAACUAAGACCAGUAAAAACAGCCUAAAUAGGUCUUUGAAGGGUUUUGGGCACUUGUCAGUUGAUCAUGCUGGGAGACCAGCUUGCUGACCAGCUAAACCAACAAAAAACCAGCAUGACCAGACUGAAAGAACGGUUAAGACUAGCAAAUAAGCUUAGGCCAUUUUAAUCGUUUUUUUAUUUUCUGAAGGGGGCAUCAUGCACAUUUCUUUUUCCUGACCCCCAACGUCAUUGUUCUUACCAGGUGCUGCUCUAGAGUUAGCUCCAAAAAAAAAAAAAAGUGUUUUUAUGGGGAACUUUGUUACAUUGAGCUCUCUAGCUUUCAAGGUUUCUACAAACUGAUCUCUUAGCAUAUUAUAAUUUAGAAUGCGUGGGACACAUUUUCGAAAAAUACAUGCACGGCGUGGUCACAGAAGGUUCUAGAACAGGCUUUUGGACCCUUUGGAUUUUCUGCCUCUCUGUAGAUAACAAGCAGUACUUUGUGACCGUUGUCCAUCAUUCUUACUCUAUGCAUAUGUAAUGGCGAGUCCUGCCUUCCUAUAGCACUGCAGGGACUCGCCACGCUGCUCCUUCACCCCACUCCACUGUGACUAACAUUCGUAAUGUCUGUAACUCCUCUUCAUCACUGUCCACCUGUCAUCCCCAUCAGCCCAACAAGUAGGACAUUGCUUUUCGAAAGGGCUACCAUUCUUUUACAAUGGACGAUACACUGGACAAUACGCUGGAACCUCUCCUGGAACAGUGCUCCUUAGUUUGGUGGACUUGUAGAGCUGAACCGCUGUCUCGAAAUGGAUGAAUCGGGUCCUCCACACCCGUGGUAACAUUCCCGUCUGUUCUCUUUGUGACCUGUGGAAAAAAAUGACCUCUAUUUUGGUUUCCCCUUAUGAGAUCAUGUUGACAUGAUGUAUAUUACUUGAAGAACUGUUCAUUUUUUUGUAUGGUUUGUAGGUGUUAAAUUUCAGGAGAGGGGAAGGAGGGCCUGUCAUUACUGUGUCCCGGUCAUUUCAUAGCUGUUUGGAGACAUUUUGUACGCUGUUUGUUGCACAAACUUUUUCAAGAAGCCUUCUGCACUGUGUAAAUGAUUACAUAGGAUGGGGGAAGGGUGACCGUUGCAGUCCAAUGAGUUUGAAUCAUGAUUUGUAAAUAUGUUUUCAUACAGUGAAACUUUUGAUAAGGUUUUAAACAUUUCUUGUAAAAAGAAGAUGUGUAUAUUAGUCUCCUGGACGAAAAAGAGUGUAGACCAUACAUGGAUUUAUUUGUACUCAAGAGCACUGGAUUUCUUUACUACUUGAUUGUAACUAAAACUUAAUAAUCUGCCAAAGUGUUUUCUCUUUUUUUUUCUCUCUCUCUCUCUCUUCCCCCUGGUCUGAAUUUUAUUUUUUGCUUUUUAACGUAAGCAUUGCAGAAAUAGUGUUUAAUUUGUGUUUGUACAUUUAUUUAAUAGAUAAAUUAAAUUGUAAUUCUAUUUAAUAGGUUACACUCAGUGGUGAAAGAGAGGGUUAGUUUAAUUUAUUGGUGCCUUGUUUGUGUUCAUGUAUUUUUUCCAAUAAUGUCAAAUUUUGUUUGCUUUUCUCGUGUCUGUGUCAGUGGGUUGGAGGUGGUGGGAAUAGAGAGGGGGUUUUAACGUUAGCAAAAUUAUACUUACAUGGAAUAUCUGUACUGUAUGCCAAAAUGGUCUCACUCACGUUUCUAUGAAAUUCAAGUUGUUGAUAAAUAUCUAUAUAUUGAUAUAUUAAAUUGUUAAAAAUC